UGCCGCACUGUGAAGCUAGCUCACAUUAAAUUCAGUUUAACUCGUUCGUAGUCACAGUCAGUGUUUCACCGACAUCGUAGUGGUGUGUAUGUUCACAUUGUGAAUGAAGCGUAGUGCGUGUUGAACUUUAGGAUUUUUAUUUUGUUUUGGAUUUGCUCCGGAUUUACUGUUAAAAUGGCGACAUCGGUCUUGCAGCCUGAGUGUAGACGUGACUCUAAACUCGAGAUACCCGAGUCUCCGCGGCUCACGGAUGACGAACGUCUGGCCAUCCUGGAGGCCAAGGAGAGAGAGACUGGUGACCUUCCUCCGGAACUACGGGAGCGAGCCAGGCAGGAGAUACGGGAAGAGCCAGCUCUACGGGAGGAGGCUUUGACUCAGAUGCGGCAUUUUAUUGAAAAGCAUCCGGCUAUUAGGAAGUGUAGGACAGACGCGCCGUUUUUGCUACGCUUCCUUCGUACCAAGAAGUAUUCAAUACCACAAGCCUGUUCCAUGCUGGAAAGAUACCUCACCAUCCGGCAGAUGUACCCCCAAUGGUUCCAGAAGCUGGACCCCUUGGACCCGAAGAUAGCUGCUGUCAUCGACGCGGGAUAUCUUGUGCCGUUGCCUAAACGAGACUCCGAGGGAAGACGCAUUGUUCUAUCGUGCAUGGGUCGCUUCGAUCCCUACGUAUAUGAUAGCUGCGUCAUGGCCCGGGUUCACUCGAUGAUAGUGGAGCUGCUACUCGAUGAGCCCCGUUCCCAGCUCCUGGGCUACACCCAUGUCAACGAUGAAGCGGGCAUGCAGAUGCCCCACGUGUCGCUAUGGUCUCUUAGCGAUGUACGAAUUAUGCUCAACUGUAUUCAGAAUUCAACACCAAUGCGACACAAGCGCACCCAUUUCGUGAACAUCCCGCAGUACGGAAUCAAAUUCUUCGAGUUUGCUAUUUCUUUGCUCAGCGACAAAUUAAAGGAUCGUGUUAUGUUUCAUCGCACAACAGAUGACCUAAGAAAAUAUGUUGACGCUUCGAUUUUACCGAAAGAGUAUGGCGGUACCGUGCCAUUGAAAGACAUGAUCGAAGAGCUGAAACGAAAACUUUUGAAGCACAGAGAAGAUCUGUUAGCGCUAGAUGAUCUGUGCAUUGAUUUGCACGCUCUCGGAAAGAACGACUUAACUCAAGACAUACAUUCAACAGCUGGCUCAUUUAGGAAACUGGAAUUAGAUUAGUAGCAUUUAGUUUUAAAAUUCUUAAAAUUCAUUGUGAUUUAAUAAUUAAUGUGUGAUAAGUUUAGUUUAUGAAAACUUUAUUUACAAAAUGUCUACGUUAAUGCUAGUUAUCCAUUUCGAAAUUGGGAAAAGGGAACAAAUACCAAUGUUGACAACAAUGUUGCCAGGUGACAGUAUAGAAUAGAUAGUCUGCAGAUGGAGUCGAUAGAUUAUAACGGGAUUAAAUAAACGAGUGCUAUUGAAAUUAACUACUUGUAAAAAUGUCAACAACGGGCUACGCUAACAUUUUACAGACAUUAUUACUCUCAAUAUUUUAUACUAUGUGCAUAAUUAUUUGUCUGUGACCAUCAUUGGGCGAUUUUACGAAAAUAUUUCAUUUUCAAAUUAUUAUCGUAUAAACUAUUGAUUAUUGUACCUACUACCUACCACAGUAAAUUGUAUAUAUCCUCCCAGAGGAGCAAAGAGCCAUAAGGAUAUAAAUCUUAUUUUAUUUCCUAGCAAAAUGCAUGAAUACGAAAUUAGAAAAACAAAAUCGCUUUCACUGGUACAUAUUAUAUUGAAUAAGGAUCUCAUGUCUAUUUGCCUUAUAAGUAUAGUAUUGAGUUUUAUAGUAGUACGAAAAAUGAACACAUAGUGCCUAAAUGCUGCAUUCACAGUAACACAGCGUUACUUGACUGUAUUUCACAAAUGACAGCUGUCAAAUAGAUAGCAUGCAUGUAUUCCAACUACAUUAUAACAAAGAUAUGUUAACUCAAACUAAGAUUAGUCUUAAACCAACUUCAACCAACCGAAACAAAUGUUUCGGCGCACCAGAUUGAUAUAAAAUUUAUGAAAAAACUAUGGGUGGGUGAUUUUUCACUUUCAAGCUUUGGGUAAACAACUGUUACUGGUCGUUCUGCAAUUAUCUGCAACUUUGAUUAGGUAUUAACCUGCCUACAUAGAGCUCGAGUGACCAAACACCAAAAAAUAUUUCAGCCAACUGUUGUUACUGCAGCCUAGAGACGUGCGUACAUAGCCUUCGAUGUCAUGCAUAUAUUGCACCUUUUUGUCUCUGAAGAUUAAAAAACCAUCCUGUCAACACAGUACAAAAACUGGUACCUACUUAUGGAACAAACAAUGAAUUGUUAAAAUUCAAACUGAAAUAUUAAAGAAGCUGGUAUCACUCAGGAAUGCACCAAGAGUUUGAAAUCUGACAAAUUGUAUUUGUUAUAAUUUCAGCACGCUCUAUUUAGACAAGUUCAUAAUCGAAGAUUUGCACCUUUUUAAUAAGUGUCUUAAAAAGCGUCUAAACGCCUAUAGCAUGUUUAACGUCACAUUUAUAUAUUAAUUUUGCUUAUUUCUUCAAUAUAAUUUAAGAUGUGUAUGAAAUCGUAUAUUUUAAUAAGUAGGUUAUCACAAAUAUUGUGUAAAUGGUGUAGUGACAGCCGUCGGUGGAGUCGCGUUACCAUUUAUUUUUUGCUACUAUCAACAAAAACAAAUUGAAGAAUGUGGACAAAAAUUUUGCACAACUCUUACUUAGUUAAAUAAUUUGAUAUUGCUAAGUCAUCUUCUCUCGAUUUGAACAGGUCUAUAUAACUAUUAAGAAUUCACGUCUCUUUCAUCCAUCAAAAGGAUCGGAUUUUUUUAUAACAAAGUAAAAGGAACGGAAGUUCUGUACAAUAUUAGGAACAACGUAUAUCUGUCUAUAGGUUCAUUCUGGUGAUUAAAUUGUAUAUAAAGUUUUAUGUAAGUUUUGAUACGUACAUAAUACAUAAAAUAUACUAUCAAUGCAAAAUUAGUAAUAGUGGUCGGCUCAGCACAAUGACAAGUUGACGAAUAAUGUUUAUAACGAUGUUACUUACUGUGAAAAUGCGCCCCAAUUAGGUUGGUUUCGAGUCAUAUAAUAUGCUCCUUAUUUUAUAAUAUGGUAACAGUACAUAUAUUUUGUAGGCUAAGAAUAGCAUGUUGUAAGUACCUAUAAAGUUAUGAAUAAAAUUGAUUAAGAUUUA